GUUUCAAAGGGUCGUGUCUUUACAGAAGCGCAGCUUGCGAGCCGGCCAUGGCGUGGACGAUGCGCUGGCCUGUGGCGGCGCUCGCCGGGCACUUCCUGACGGAUGGUGAGAGGUUACUUCCCUGGCGCAAGAAUCGGAGGACGGUGGCGUGCCAGUCGCGCACGCCGUGCAUUGCGAUGACGGGUGACAUCUUCAUCGACAUAGUCGCUCCAGUGAAGAAGCUCCCGCAGUGGGAUUCUGAUGUGGAGGCGGAGAGUGUGAAGAUGCUGCCCGGGGGCAGUGCUCUAAACCAGGGCCGGCAUCUGCAUGCACUGGGCCUGGAUGUGCGCUUCUUUGGCGCUGUGGGGAAUGACUCCAUGGGCCGAUCCUUGCUGCAGCAGAUCGCUGGGCAGGGCUUUCCCAUCGAGACGAUCAAGAUGUUCAGCAACUUGCCCUCCUCCGUUUGCAUGGUGCUGACGGGGCCUGCGGACCGAGCCUUCGUGUCCUGCUACUCGACCACGGAUGCCUUCACCACGCGGGAUCUCAAAGAGGAGGCCUCGUACUUGGAAGGCUGCACGCACUUUCACUUGGGCGGCUACUUCAACAUGAAAGGGUUGCAGAGCCCGGACUUUACCGAGUUCAUUGAGAGCUGCCGGGCGAGGGACAUGACCAUCUCGCUGAACACGCAGUGCGAUGCGGCGGGCCAUUGGUGUGGGGAGAACCGUAACCUCUCCGAGCUGCUGAGCCACGUGGAUCUGCUCUUCGUCAACAUCUCCGAGGGCGAGCACAUAUCUGCUGCGCUAUGCCCGGACACUGGCAGAUCGAUCAGUGCAUUGUGCAAGCAAUAUCCGCAGCUGAUUAUUGUGGUGACGCAAGGUUCACAUGGCUGCACAGUGUACCGGCACGGCCUGCCCUCGAUCUAUGUGCCGACCAAGCCGGCCAGAGUCGUUGAUGCCACUGGCGCUGGCGACGCCUUCAUUGCCGGGUUUUUGUCCUCUUGGCUUAUGCUGCCAGCUCAAGCUCGGCACUCCGAUGCAGGGCGCAAGGGCUUGGAGGACGCCUGCCUGCGGGGCCACCUUGCGGCAGCGGUGUGCCUGUCUCGCGAGGGCGCCUGCGUGGAGCCGGUGCGGCCCCGCGAUCUGGAGUGAGAUGCGAAGUGAGCCCUGUCCGGCAAUAGUCGGCGGAG